AUGGCGUCUGUUGCAGUGGUCGGAGGGGGUAUAAUCGGCCUUUCCUCAGCUGUUUGUAUUUUGGAAAGAGAUCCUAGGGUGAAAGUAACGUUGAUAGCUGAUAAAUUAACUCCAAAUACAACUAGCGAUGGAGCCGCAGGAUUGAUAAUGCCCUUUGUGUUGGAAAGUACUCCGCUCCACUUACAAAGGUAAGCUUAAUAUACAAGGCUAUUUCGAUUGGAAAUGUAAGAUUAGUGUAUACGUUGAUUAAUAACGUGAAUGUCUGAAUGUACGGUUUAUUAACAUUUGUCGAUCAACAAAAUGCUGUCUCUCCGGAAUUUCUCGUUGGACAACGUUCAGUUAAGUGGCCUGUUUGAACUUUCAACAUGGCAUGCCACACCAGCAGCAAUAAAACAUGGAAUCCGGAAUCCGGAAACGGAAACGGAAUACGGAAUCUGUGAAAGAAGGUUCCAAGCGAUCCAUUUAAAAAAAGAAUAUUAGAAAUGACAAUGAAAUAAAUAAACAGACAAAAAAAAGACACAAAUGAAUAAAUUAGCUGAGUACAGGAGAGGAGACUGCUGUAUCACUAGAGGAGUCGAUUCCGGUGAAAAGGCGCUUGAUACCACUAUCGGCUAUGAAUGCAAAUUCUCAUGGGACAGCAAAGCGAGGAGAAAAACGUUACUGACAAAAACUAGUGCCUUAAGAAAAAGGUAAGUUAUGUGGAGACAGACUUCGUUUGAAUCGUCAGAGGCGUCGUUUACAUAACUGAAAGGCGUCGCCGUCAAGUUUUUCUCAAUGUCUUUUCUGGGUUGUCUUCAACAGUGUUCAGUUUUAUUUAUCAAGACAACUUGCUCAAGAGAAACAUGGCAUUGUGGAGUCCAAAGAGAAGAGAGAAUUGUGCAUGCAUUUGCUUGAUUCCGCAACCGAUUACAUCAAAAUAAUGCGUCAUGUUUAAUAAGCCUCUUCAACAAAAAUACGGACGUCCACGUAAACUCAAUUACCGGUACACCAGUAUUCCAUCAGUAUUCAGCUUGGCGAAAAAGUUGAACUUAUGGCUAAAACACUGGAACUGUGGUCACAUCACCGGUCGGUCAUUUGUGGAGUAUUCAGUUUGGCGACAAUCACGAGGUGUGAUCUGAGGCUAACUACGACUAUUCUUGACAAUUAGCUACAAAAGUAAUAUUUAACUGUAUUAUUCAACCCAUGAACUCGUGAAUAAAAAUUACUCGUAAAAUUACUUUCAUCGGCCUUGCAGUGCAAUAACCCACACUACGGCAAACCUUAUGGAGACACAAUAACAAGAAUAUAUUUAAGGGAACUGCCAAGAAAACUAAGACAAAUUCUCUUUGGACUGUACUAAAUUGUGUAAUGUGAAAUUAUUAUUAUUAUAUUAAAAUUUUCUAUCAUUGAUAUUUGAUUCCGUAUUCCGUUUCCGUUUCCAUUUCCGUGAUUCCGUUUCCGUUUCCGGAUUCCGGAUUCCAUGUUUUAGUGCUGCCCUGCCACACUUCUCAAUGUUUGUUGAACAGGAUCUGCAACAUUUGUUGAACAACAAAAAUUUGUAGUGGUCUCGCGCUCUCUCUGGGGACAUUCUUUUUAUGUCCAUAUACCCUCCAGGGGGGGCACUCCCUUGUAUGGCCCAUGAAGGUAUGUGCUGCUGGACAGCGUAUGGUUUUAAAUAAAAUUGAGAGUCUUGUCCUAAACUGGGUAUGUAUUUUGGAAUUUUUUUGUUCUAAACAUGGUUAAAGUUUGAAACCCUCAGCAGCUCACCCAUACCCUAAUCUUGGUCAAGUACCCCCCCAGGAAUAACCACCUAAGGAAGGCAGGUUUUUUGUAUGGGGGACUUCACAUUUUUUCUUUGAAGAAGCCAAGAAUAUCUGGACACCCCUAGAUAUUUUUUUGAAGGGUGUUGAUGAACAGUAAAUCCUGGGUGGGGAGGGGGGGGAGGGUUGUGAAUAAAAACUGGAACAUCCUUCGUCCAGCAGUUUGAAACUUGUUGAACAGAAUAUAUAGAGCCCAUAUCUAUUCUUGUGUCCAACAAAAAUUUGCCAAUACAGACCAUAUCCUACCUUCUGUCAGACAUGUUGUUCAGAUAGAUCAAAUUCUAAAGAGUAAUUUGUAACUGAAGAUGUGCUUGGUGAUUAUAAAAGAAAUCAAAACUCAAUGUGAUGUUUGUCAGACAUUUUUUUCAGGUUUGCUUCACAUAAAAGGUGACCUGGUACUGGACAUAAUUUUAUUAUAACUUUUUUAUAAAGAAUUUUCAGUCAUGCUGAAAUGUAGUUCUGAUGAAGUUUGCAGUCUAUAUAUGUGCAACUGCGUGCACUAAUAAGUAACCAAAUUUCUAAAAGUUAAGCUACUGUCUUUUGCAUUCUAUUUUAUUUCUGAAAAAAAAAGCUCUUCUGGUGUUUGUUUGAAACCUAGAAAAUGGUUUAGUGAAACUAUGAAAGAGUUGGAGAAGUUUUCUCGACGAGAAGAUGCAGGGGAAUUAACAGUUUAUACCACCACAGUGUUUUUUCACACAGAUGAAAUUAUUGAGGUUUGUUGCUUUGUGGCAUGAAUAAUAUUAUUAGUCAAGUGUAAAGGCAUGACAUUUGGUAUAGAAACCACUGCUCACAGGAUAACAUAACCUUCUUCUUGUGCAAGUUAUCAACUUACAGUGCAUUUCUGUAUUAACGAACGUUUAGACAAGCUGUUAAACAAUGCUUGGAUAAUAAUGUUAUCCUGUGAGCAGUGGUUUCUAUACCAAAUGUCAUGCUUUUACACAUGACUGAUCAAAUUGUAAUCAGCAUCUUUUUUAUGAAAAUAGACAUUUUAUUUUCUCCGGCAUUGACAUGUACUCUACGUGUACAUAUAUAAUUCCAAAUUAAUUUAAUACUCUAUAAAAAUAGAGAAAGAAUAAGGGGAUGAAAUAAAAAAUGGAAUGGAAAAGAGAAGAAAAGGAGAAUUACAGGUAUUAUUAAGUCCUUUUCGUAUCCAAAACUUUGUGAUAAUUUUUCACUGUAUUUCUUUUGAACAAAGUUAUAAUAAAAUAGCAUCAUUUCCUGUUACCUAUGGAUUUCUUUUUCUUUGAGGAACCUCCCUGGAAAGACCUGGUAGACGGCUAUCGUCUUCUCUCACAAAACGAACUGGAUAAGUUACCAAAGCCAGCAAAGUUAGUUUGACUUCUAGUAACUUAGAGUCAGUAAUUGUUAUAUUAUUGGUCAUAACUGGUUGCGCCACUAAUAAAUUUUCUAUUCCAUGAAAAGUUUUGUGGGAUUAGUUGAAGGGGCUCAGGUCCAUUCAACCAAAAUUUUGAAGAAUAGCUGGAAUUUUUUUUAACAUCAGUUUUUACUCCAUGGUUCAGUUAGCUAGAGCAAACCAACCAUUACAUUUUGGCUGAUUUCUAGUAAGACUGGCCCAACUGUGUUAAAUGGCUGACGUUAAAAGUUCACAUUUUUUUCAAAACAUUUCCAGUCAAGAUGGACCGAUUUAAUCUUUUCAUUUCUGGACCAAACUUUCUGGAAUUUUGGUUGAAUUAAUUGUACAUGAGUUAGAACAUAAAUUGCAUCAUAAUGAAAAUUAUUAGAACCUAAUUGCAAGUUAAGGGGAUCUGUAAAUAUCUUAUUAUGUAAACACCAAUGAAAUACCAGGUGAGCAUAACAGGCCAGAGCCCCAAUUUUAGUGCGCGCAGGAGGAGGCCUAAACUCCACAGCAACGACCGCAGAUCGGUUUCCAAUAACAGACAAGCGUUACUUUCAUAAUUAGUUUUAAGCAUUCCUCCAGACACCUUUGGAGAGUGCCGGACACGUUGCCUGUCAAGGAACUUUGUACCUCUGAUUAAAAAUGAACCAGACAUCUCAAGGAAAUGCGAAAUUUGAUCAGACUAUUUGGGAUUAUAAAUUCAUUUCACGGUCGAAGUCUACCUUCGCGGCUGGCUUCGCAACUGAUAACUACAGUUUUCUCGCCGCAUUUGGAUUCAAAUAGGCUUGAUACGCUUUCAGUGGCUUUUCAAGUGCUCUCUUUUAAGAAAAUAGUGCUCCCAUGGCUUAUUUAACUUCUUUCAAGAGUAAGUAUGCUGUGUCAACAUUGGUGACCUUCGAAGCGAAAACGGCGAGUCGGCGUAUCAAGUUUUUACUGUGGAGCCACAUGUAGGAAUACACUCUCUGCUGGCACAUCUUCCUCUGGUUUGGAAGGAACUCUGCAUGGAAAAGACCCUGACCAAAGAAAUUUUUAAAUCUUCUCUGUUUGAACGUUUGAGAAUAGCCGUCAACAAUGUACAUUUUAUAGUCGCCGGUGUAAACGAAUGCGAGAGCUUGAGCUCUACUUCACAUCUCCUUGAGGAACAGCAAGACCGAUUAUCUGAUUCAAUAGACGACCUUUAAUAUCAAACGGCGAAGGAUUCAAGUCUUUUUUCUCUGGCUUAAGACGAUGUAAACGUCGAUGUGCCUCCAGUGACAAAUCACUCUCCAAAAAGCCCGCCAAGCACUGUCGAUAUCCCGCCAAAAUCUUAUUCGCUGGCAGUAGCCCAAGACGCUUGGGCGAUCUGUAUAAUCAGCGUCACAGAUACAGUAUGGUUUCUAUAUCAGUCAUUUUAGCCUCCUUGAAAUGUCAAUUAUAAUCCAAAAAUUAUUAUUACAGGUUACCUUUGUAUUGUUACUUGUUUUUUACUUAAUAGGCCAAAUUAUAGGGCUACCCUCUCCCUCAGAGCUUACAGGCGGCGCGCCCAAGAUUUUGAGGUGAAGGUAGUCUCUCUUUUGAAAUGUCGGUCAUAAUCCAAAUACUUUUGUAGGUGAUUUUUGUAGUGUCAUUUGUUUCUGAAAUAGGCCAAAUUAUGGGGCUACCCUCUCCCUCAGAGCUUACAGGCGGCGCGCCCAAGAUUCUGAGGUGAUGGUAUAGUCUCUCUUUUGAAAUGUCGGUCAUUAUCCAAAUUAUUAUUGUAGGUCAUCUUUGUACUGUCAUUUGUCUCGAAGUAGGCCAAAUUAUGGGGCUACCCUCUCCCUCAGAGCUUACAGGCGGCGCGCCCAAGAUUCUGAGGUGAUGGUAGUCUCUCUUUUAAAAUUUCGGUCAUUUAUCCAAAUUAUUAUUGUAGGUAAUUUUUGUACUGUCAUUUAUUUUUGAAAAAGGCCAAAUUAAUUAUGGGGCUACCCUCUCCCUCAGAGCUUACAGGCGGCGCGCCCAAGAUUCUGAGGUGAUGGUAGUCUCUCUUUUGAAAUGUCAGUCAUUAUCCAAAUUAUUAUUGUAGGUCAUCUUUGUACUGUCAUUUGUUUCGAAGUAGGCCAAACUAUGGCGCUACCCUCUCCCUCAGAGCUUACAGGCGGCGCGCCCAAGAUUCUGAGGUGAUGGUAGUCUCUCUUUUGAAAUGUCGGUCAUUAUCCAAAUUAUUAUUGUAGGUCAUCUUUGUACUGUCAUUUGUCUCGAAGUAGGCCAAAUUAUGGGGCUACCCUCUCCCUCAGAGCUUACAGGCGGCGCGCCCAAGAUUCUGAGGUGAUGGUAGUCUCUCUUUUAAAAUUUCGGUCAUUUAUCCAAAUUAUUAUUGUAGGUAAUUUUUGUACUGUCAUUUAUUUUUGAAAUAGGCCAAAUUAAUUAUGGCACUACCCUCUCCCUCAGAGCUUACAGGCGGCGCGCCCAAGAUUCUGAGGUGAUGGUAGUCUCUAUUUUAAAAUGUCGGUCAUUUAUCCAAAUUAUUAUUGUAGGUAAUUUUUGUAUUGUCAUUUGUUUCUGAAAUAGGCCAAAUUAUGGGGCUUCCCUCUUCCUCAGAGCUUACAGGAGGCGCGCCCAAGAUUCUGAGGUGAUGGUAGUCUCUCUUUUGAAAUGUCGGUCAUUAUCCAAAUUAUUAUUGUAGGUCAUCUUUCUACUGUCAUUUGUUUCGAAGUAGGCCAAAUUAUGGGGCUACCCUCUCCCUCAGAGCUUACAGGCGGCGCGCCCAAGAUUCUGAGGUGAUGGUAGUCUCCCUUUUGAAAUUAUAAUUGUAGCUUAUUUUUGUAGUGUCAUUUUUUUUUAAAAAUAGGCCAAAUUAUGGGGCUUCCCUCUCCCUCAGAGCUUACAGGCGGCGCGCCCAAGAUUCUGAGGUGAUGGUAGUCUCUCUUUUGAAGUGUCGGUCAUUAUCCAAAUUAUUAUUGUAGGUCAUCUUUGUACUGUCAUUUGUUUCGAAGUAGGCCAAAUUAUGGGGCUACCCUCUCCCUUAGAGCUUACAGGUGGCGCGCCCAAGUUUCUGAGGUGAUGGUAGUCUCCCUUUUGAAAUUAUAAUUGUAGGUUAUUUUUGAAGUGUCAUUUUUUUUUUAAAUAGGCCAAAUUAUGGGGCUUCCCUCCCCCUCAGAGCUUACAGGCAGCGCGCCCAAGAUUCUGAGGUGAAGGUUGUCUCUCUUUUAAACUGUCAGUCGUCAACCAGAGUAUUAUUGAAUUUUCAUUUUCCAGAGUUCAUAGUGGUACCUUCUUUAUAGUUUUACGUGAUUUGUGGCAAAGACAAGACCAGGCUAACAAAUUUAUUCUAGUUUUUGCGUGGUGCAACAAUCAGCAUGGCUGACUGGCCUCCAAAGUUCCUUUAUAAUUUGGACGCUUCUCAGGAGUUUCUUCACUGCUUGUAAUCCAGAAUUGACGAUUCUCAGCAGCUUGAAGCUCUUGCAUUGCAUCAGUUGUUCCUUGGACGGCGACCUUUUCUUGUCCCGAGUACAAUAUCGAUUCUCGAUUCUCGACUCUCGAUUACCGUAUCUUGCUCGUGCAAGGUUUCGGCAACGGGACCAGUACUAACACCAUUGCAGGAAAACUGUUUGGUAGAAGAAGAGUAAAAUGGUGGCUUCGGCGCGUUACCUGUCUGAUGCUCAGUAUAUCACUGCCAAACUGCGCAACAGAAUGCGCGAAAAACCCCUCAGGUACUUGAAAAAAAAAGAAAAAAAACCUGAGCGAUAUAAUUUAGUAACUUAUUCAUUUAGUAACUUAUUCAUGGUGUUCAGCUUCCGGUUUAUUCAGCUUAUUGCCAGUUGUAGGCAAAGUUCACGCGCACAUUAUCGCACUCUAACUGGGUUGAUUGUGAGGAAACUCUUAUGUCAGUCAUUGACUAAAAACCCCCCCGCGUUAAGCCUUUGUGCGACGGACGUCCCUUAGAAAUAUAAAUUACCCACACUGAUCGCCAAUUCUACUUGCAAAGUGUUGCCGAUUGAGUUGUGUAAUGUAUUCUAGAGUGUAAAUUUAGUACUAACCUCGCAGACAAGGAUGCAAUGAGACAUUUAUUUGCGUAGUUAGGCCUACUAUCCAUUGGACAAGCAUCCCUUUUAUUUUCUUUCGAUAGCCUGUCCAUGCACUAACCUUUGGAUACAGAAACUAGCUGUCUCUCGCUAUACCAAAACUUGAUAGUUUUGGCGUUCAAUAUUCUUAACGGGUGCUCACAAAACACCGGGACUGCAUCGUGCGCCUUUGGCGCUUUUGUACCCUGCAAGCUUUGGUUCAUCGCGUUUUGAAAGAUGGAAAUUUUUAUAUUCCCGCGUAAAAGAAGACCGAUAAAACGUGUCUUUCAUUGACUACAGUGAAACGCCCGGAAAUGAAGAAUGUUUUGAAAGAAACGGGAAAACUGAUAAAAGUAAAUAUUUUUUGUGAUAAGUGAAAUUAAUGAGAAAUAACCAUAAACUAGUUUUGUUGUUUUGUUUUUUAAAAGCGGUUUGUCUGGUACCAGAUUUGUACAAUUACUUUCAAUCAUACAUGGAUCGGGUUUUGUUAAUUAUGACAGAAUGUAAUUAAAAAGCAUUAUGUUGACAGCUACAAGGCACAUGCUUGCCUUAAGCUGCAAGUAUCCCGCCAUGUUCUAAACAAAGGGCCUCUAACCAAGCCGGCAUUCUAAUCCGCCACAAAUAUGUGAAGCACGCGUCUUUCAAAGUCGCCUAGUACUUAAAACCGGGGCUCUGGCCUGUUAUGUUUCACAUGAAAACAUGAUCUGAAAAUGAUGUUUUAUCUUCACAGGUGAAAAGGUGCAAUUUAUCUUGUAGCUGUUUAAUACAGGUCAAAAUAAUUGAAUAAUUUUUUGGUUAAAAAUUUUUUAACCCAGGUUGAUUCUCAAUUUCCUUUGUCUACCAGCCCUGAUAAUUCAUGAAAUUAUUAGGGCUUAGUGGGAGACAAAAGAAAUUGAAAGUCAACCUAGUUAAAAAGAUUUAACCUGAAUUUAAUUUUGACCUGUAACAGUUACAUGAUAAAUUGCACCUUUUACAGAGAAAAAGUAUUAUACUAAUAUAGUGUGAACUAGUUUGGUAUUUCAUUGGUGAUUAUAUGAUAAAUAGAACAUAGUUACAUGGCAGUCACUUGCAGAUGCAAAAUUUGUCUUCUCGUAUUGAAAAAAUAUUUCACGAGUCAGCUACACUCACUCAUGAAUGAUAUUGAGGAGAAAUUCUGUAUCUCCACACGGCAUGGAUGUAUUAAAUAUCCUCUAUUUGUACUGCACAAACACUUAAAGAUUAAAGCUCUUCUUUAUGGUUUUUGCAGGAACUACAAGUAAACUCUCUAGGACUUCAGAGAGCACUGUUGUCGUCAGAUAAUUUUAGGCUAGUUUAGUAGCUUUCAAGGAAACUUGUUUUUUAAUUAAACAUCUUUCACUUGUAUAGUUUAUUUUGUAGUAAUUUCUAUUAAUUUUUUAUCAAACCCAGCUUCUCAACUAUCCUCUAGCUCAUCUGUGAUGUAGCAUAAUUGGGCAGGGUCUGACAUGCAGUGUAAUUCCUGAUAUAUUGUUUUGGUUUACAUGUUUUAGUUUUGGUUAUUCAUUCACAACAUUAUUCAUAAAUGGAAGAUAUUACCAACCAUGGCUUAUUGAAAGGUAUUGGCAUGAUCCUAUACUUGCAGUAAUUGGAUUCCUUAGUCCACGUCAUGUCUCUAAGAGUGUGUGUAACUCCAAGUUUUGCAAGGGGUUAUGAGAUAUGUACACUCUUUUUUAUAAGACUGUCCAUUUUUAAUUUUUAGUGCAGCCUGGACCAUUCUUAUUUUCUGGGCAGUUCAGCCUGGAAAUGUUCAUACAGAUAUGUUUUUAAAUUUCAAUAAUAUAACAUUAUGUUUGAAGGGCAGGAAGAGCUUCCAGCAGUAAGUGAUUUAUGGCAAGGUUUUUUAAAGGCAAGAGAUAGGUUUCCACACCCGUUGAUAGGUUUCCACACCCGUUAGAUUUUUUAACUCGAAUCAAUGAAUUCUUUAUGUUUUUGAGCUGAUAAAAGUAAAGCACAAUCACUUGACGAGAAACAACAUGCGGGUACUUAACAAUGAAGCUCUGCUAAAAUUCGAAAUCCAGUAAGGUGAAACUGCAAACACUUAACUGCAAACUGCAUUUUGCGGUUUGUGGUUUUACAAGAAUAACUAGCUGAUACUUAAGGUAAGGUAGUCCCAGGUAGUACAUGAAAUAUUGAUGAAACAAAUGAAUACUUUUAGUGUAAAUUUCAGCUAACAUGGGUUAGUUACAGCCUUGUAGAUCUAUUGCAUGUCUCUGUUUGAAACUAUGUGUAAUAUCAUUAAAAGGAAGUUGCCUUAAAACAUGUGAUUUCAGGUUUAAAGGUUUAGGUGGAGAUAUUGUGAAGAGAACCGUCGACUCUUUGGAUGAGGUAAGAGAAUAACUGGCAAUUUUCAUCAACAAUCAUUGCAUUUAAUUCCCAUAGAGCCUGUUUGAAUUCAAGACUGCUCUUAGUUGAAUGUUUUUAGCUUGCAGGUCUUUAUGAUGUUGUUGUCAACUGCCCAGGCCUGAGAGCUCGAGAAUUAGUGAAUGAUUUGUCCAUGGACCCUGUCAGGGGUCAAGUUUUAAGGGUAAGUUUGGAAAAAUGUAGAGAGUGCAGGGGCGGAUCCAGGAUUUUCUUUAGGAGGGGGUGCCUCGUCUCUUGCUCAGUACUUCAACACCAAUAAACCACACAGUUUUUUUUUGCAAAAUACUAGUUGUAUUAGAAAACCGCAGGUCAUCUCAGGGGGGGCGGGGGUGUGCACCCCCUGCACCCUCCCCCUAGAUCUGCCCCUGGGGUGUGUUAAAUGUGACUCAACAAAGCUAAUGCAGAUUAAGUCAAGCCAAACAUUAAUGCACUGGUUUCAAUAGUAUUACUGUAUUUCUUCUGCUACACACGUGUUAUCAGAGACCGGUUAUGAGUACUUUCUACUUCAUUUAUAAUAUCACAAAUUGUCCCACUACAUUGGCUGGAGGGUUGGGGGUUGGGUUUGGGGGUUUGGGGGUUCUGUGAGGUUGACAGGAGCACUGCCAUUUGCUUUUGCUUGAUAUUUCUCCUCUUACUUGCUUGCCAUUUUUUUGCUCUCCUCUCACACAUCCUUGAGUAGAUAUACACUCCACACUCUAGCUGGUCUCUCAGAGUUGAAUUGACAGGUGCUUAGAGGUGGGUAGCCUGUGGCUCAUUUGCAAGGGUGUCCCCCUUGUUGCUUUGUAGAUGGCCGUUCUUCUCUCUUUUCACUUCUUUGGUACCCACCCUCAAUGACUUCUACUGGUUAAGAGUUUAAAUAUUUCUUGUAUGCCAUGAUCUCUAUGUUAGGAGUCAUAGUAGCCAAGUCUAAAGAGAGCUCUUGACCAGCAAUCUUUUAUUAUCCAGAUUAGUUGCCCACUAUCUGAUUAAAACUGUUUAUCAAUUCUGAUGUUUGAUGAUUGCCCAGUUUCACAAGGGCUGGCAAGUGGUAUCAAGAAAAUUGUGGGUCUUUGAAUCUUUUCAUCUAAUUACGAGAUCUUGGAACCAUUUUUCAUGAGUCUUGAAGUCUUGUUUUUGUGAGUUUCCAGAGCAUUAAUUUUCUGGCCAUGUCAAUUUUUUCGCGAAGAAUCUAACUGGCCAGUCUAGACUGUAGUAUCACCAGCCUUUUCACUGUCCGGUGUGUUAUUACUGUCAAACCUCUGCUUACCAUUAUGGCUACCUCAACUCAGGGUCCUCAAAAUUUUGUUCAGGUCAGCAACCCAUGUUCAUUAAUUUAUUGUUAUUAAAUUUUUAGGGGAUCAUAUCACACUUCUAAAAUCGACCAUGCAGCCUGACCUUAAUAUCAACACCACAAAUCUUUAGUAUUGCAGCAUCAAAAAGCUAAUAAAUGCUGAAAAGAAACUAUUAUGCAACCAGAACCACUGUGAUACUUAAAAUAUGCUAAAACAACUCAACAAAAACACACAUAAAGAGUGGUUGGGUGGGUCAGGUCAGGUCAGGCAGUGGUGGAUGGUAGCAAAAAUACCUGAACUCAGGAACACCUCGUGACCUGAAGAGGCCCUGCACACUUAAAACCCAUAUUACCAGCCAUGUGUGAGAAAUUAUUGUUUACUUUAGACUUUUUUGUUUGAAACUUGCUUUUAAAUUAUGUCAAUUGCUUUCUAGGUUUAUGCACCUUGGAUAAAGCACGCUUAUAUAAGAGAUAUUAAAGACCUUGCAAGCCAAGGAAGAUAUUGCUAUAUUUUGCCACAGUAAGUUAUUUCAAAAUACUACAGAAUAGUGUCAAAAAAUAAUUCUGCUAUGUACACUUCUGUUCCUUUACCAGUAUCCCUCUUUCUUUAGACCACUAACUGGGAGUGCAUUAACCAUUUUUAAAGCAAACUGGUUAGAAUGAAACAGUCCCAGUGCUAAGGAGUAGUCAUGUACAUUGCUAAUAUUACUGACAUGGAUCCGCCCUUGAAUAAGCUAUCCCACCUUGGGUUUUAGAUAGAUUAGAUAAACUUUAUUUUAACAUAAUUUCGGGUUUAAAGAGUAGUAUUGCUGCUAGAAUCUCCGAAUGAAAAGAAACAAAAUAAAUUAAUAAAAAAAUCGAGCACAAUACCGUAAAAGUCCGAAAAUGGGCCCCGCGGCUUAUAUUUUUCAAAGGCCCUUUUUGGAGGGGCUUAUAUUCAAAGGCCUUAUGUACAGAGGGAAAUUUGCGUUUCAAAAUCGAUUGGGCUGGCUUGUAGCUGGAAGGAAAUUUACCGUUUUUGCUUUGUUUUACUUUGUAUUUGAGGGUAAUUUCCAAGUACAAGCCCCCCAAUGGGCUUAUAUUCAGAGGGGCGAUGUAACAGCGGGUUUUUUACGUUACGAGUUUGGGGGGCUUAUAUUUGGAGGGGCUUAUUUUCGGAAUUUUACAGUAGGUGAUAAUAUUAAAAAUAAUUUGACCAUAUGACUAUUUACAACAAUGUCAACAUUUAAAAAAUAGGCAACAAAUUGCAUUACAUAACUUAUAGUGUUUUCUACGAUAAUGGUAUAAAAACUACGUCAAUAUUACUAGCAGUUCUAGCGUUGUCAGGUAAUAAAUUCCAUGAUUCAUCGUGAAAUAAGUAAAGGAAUUUAGGCCACAUGUAGACGUCCUGGGUUUCGGAAGAACGGGUUUCCUUAUACCCCUAAGACCGUACCGUGUAUUUCUUUCCAUAAAGUAUGAGCUAAGAUAAGUGGGCAUUAGCCCAUUUACACAUUUGUAGACCAGAAGAAGCAUAUCCUUUAGACGUCUGUCCUCCAACUAUGUCAUGUUUAGUUCCUUAAGAAGAUCUUUUUAAGAGCUUAUUAUAUCAUCCAAUAUAGUUCAUAACACCCAUUUGUUUAAGGUACUAUUUCCCUGUCUUCAGGGGCUAGUCUUUUAUUACCUAUGAGGGGGGACUAGCCAUUUGAGAAAGCUUAGAAGAUUUUCAAACCAAUCCCCCCAUUCGUCCUGGCUUUUUAGAAAUAACCCCCCAUAAAUUUUACUUGUUGUGAAAGUGAUUGCUGUUGAAACUUCAAAUAUUCUAGCCACAGUUAUCUACAGCUGUGUUUAUAAGAUCGGUGUUCACUAUUUGCGGCUGUGACGUUCAAUUUCAAUUCAUGCUCGUUUAACUGAUUUGACCUACUUUCAUGAAAUCUGUUUAAAAAAAACCCCUAGGUAAGGCUCUCUUAUCUGAAAAUGGUCUCCCAAAGCCAAUCAAUAUUUUGAAAAUGACCCCCAGCAAAAUGGCUGCCCUCGUCGCCCUCCCCCCCCCCCCCCUUCAAAAGGGAAAAAACGACCUAACCCCCAUCAAGGCUGUGCUCUUAGACAACUGAAGGGAGCCCUGCAAUGCUCUGAACCUGUGAAAUCUAAGCCCAGCCUAUGAUUUGUAAGAAAAAAAUAUAUUUUUAGUUACCCAGCAAAAGUUGGGCACCAGGGGCCACCAGAUGCUGCUAGAGUUCAGCCUUGUCGAUACAUGUACAUUAAUAUAACAGAGAAUUGACAUUAAAGGAAGGAAAAAAUGAUGCUAUCUGUCUUUAGGGUUGGAAGAGUAAAAAAAUAUUUCUUUUUGCCAGAGCCAAUGGAGAAGUUGUUCUUGGAGGGACUGGAUACCAUAAUAACUUUGACUUAAGAGUUAGUGCUGAUGACACCAGACACAUCUUGGAAGCCACUAGUCAGCUGAUUCCAAGCCUGAAAGUGAGUAAAAUCUCUGCCAGAUAUGUUUUGAUUAUAGGACUUUUGCUACAUGUUCUGUACACUUUUCUCAAAAGCAUCUGUUUACAUCUUGUUCAAAACUAGGUGAUAGUUUGUUUCAAAUUCCAAUUCAAUCUGGAACUCCUAACUGCUUUGUUGGUAAGCCAAUUACAACCUGGUAUCCUCCUCUACCUCUUUGUUAUUAUUAGAGAGCUCGAGUACUAGAGGCAUGGGUAGGACUCCGACCUGCACGUCCAACUGUCAGGCUGGAAAAAGAAGUCAAGAAAUUCAAAGACAAGCUUGGAAAAGAAAGAACUCUUAAAGUAGGAAUUAAAAUCUUCCAUUAGAGCCCUAUUAAACAAGCAUUCAAACUAACAGUGUUCUUUUCACAUGAAUCCUUCUGUUUAGGAUUUUAAAAUUUGCGUUACAAGCCUCAACAUUGAAACAAUGUUUUUGCCAUCUUGGAUUUUAAAGGAUAUAGCACCAGUGUGAUACUUCCCAGGUAGUAUGCCUGGGUAUAGCUAUGUAAUAAACCAAAGAUUGUGGUGCAUUCGAGGAUCUUUGGGCGUUUUUUAUUUUUAUUUUGUUAUUAAAAAAUAAUGAGCACAGAAAUGACAAUAGUGCAUGUCAAAACAACACAGUGUCACGGGGACAAAACUUGGUAUGGGGACAACACUCGUCACAGGGACAACACUUAUUAAUGUACAUGCAGCAAUAUGUAUAUCCUAAAAUAUUAAUAGCAGUGUUGAGUAGCUAUAAUGCAACAUUAUAUAACUGUAUUUUUUCCAGGUUGUCCAUAACUAUGGUCAUGGUGGGUCAGGUUUGACUAUGCAUUGGGGCUGUGCCAUGGAUGCUACUGACUUGGUGUUUCAGUUUUUAGCCAGAGGGCAAAAGGCUAAAUUGUAAAGGAGUACUUUUUAAAGGCUGCUUUUCACUAAUGACAGAGAGAGUCCACUAAUGACAGAGCGCACAGUGAAAAGAGCAUUUUGGGUGCGGAUACAACU